GUGCACCAUUAUAGGACCAAGUAAGUUUCAGCAACUAUUUAACUUGAAUUUUGAAACAGAGGAAUUAUUAAGUCUUGUGUUCACUGGAGGGAGAUGGCACAGCAAGAGGGAGAUGAAGAGGAGGAUGGCCUUGUUUACACAUUGGAAGAAGCACUCACAUCAGUUGGAAUUGGCAAAUUUCAGUAUAUGGCGUUGUGUUAUGCUGGUCUUGGUUUUAUUGCAGAAGCAGCUGAGACGCAGAUUCUUUCUUUUAUAGGACCUGCUUUAAGGUCCCAAUGGGCACUUUCUCCUACUCAAGAAAGCCUUAUGACUACUAUCGUUUUUGUUGGCAUGCUUAUUGGAGCUAUAUUUUGGGGCUUCAUCUCAGACACUUAUGGAAGAAGGAAGGGUCUUCUAAGUGUGGCAAUAGUGACUGCAGUAUCUGCAGCACUCAGUGCGUUUUCUCCAAAUUAUAGUUUGUUGCUUGUUGUGCGUAUGUUGGUUGGAUUUGGAGUAGGUGGACGACCUAUAUAUGGAUCUUGGUUUUUUGAAUUUGUACCUUCACAAAACAGGGGGAUGUGGACUACAAUCUGUAUAGGUUUUUGGACAAUUGGAACAAUACUUGAGGCUUUUUUGGCACUGAUGAUUAUGCCAAGAAUGGGUUGGAGGUGGUUACUGGCUUUAUCAUCUAUACCAUCAUUUGCAGCGCUUUUGUUAUUUGUAUUUACAGUAGAAUCUCCUAGAUAUCUGUGUGCCAUAGGUAGAACAAAUGACGCUUGUGAUAUUUUGAAGAAAAUAGCUGUGGUCAAUAAGGCACAACUUCCCCCUGGAAAGCUUGUCUCUUCUCAGCUGACUAAGGAAUUGCUUUCUCCUGGAAAAAACAAAAUCUCAAGUGUUAAAUCGGGCUUCUCAUCCUUACUAGUGCUUUUGUCCCCCGCAUUACGUAGAAAUACCCUCCUCUUAUGGGUGGUUUAUACUGGAAAUGCCUUCUCAUAUUACGGCAUUGUAUUGCUGACCUCACUGUUUAGCAGUGGACGAUGUCAACGCUCCUCAAUUGCUCUGCACACGAACGAUGAUCAGAGCCUUUAUACGAAUGUGCUCAUCAACAGUCUUGCAGAGAUCCCUGGGAUUCUUUUAUCAGCUAUACUGGUGGAGAAAGUUGGUCGGAAAUUCACUAUGGCACUUAUGUAUGCAUUAUACUUCCUAUUCCUUUUACCACUUCUUGCACCUCAACUGCCUGCUUUGACUACUGCCUUGCUAUUUGGUGCUCGUGCUUUCAUCAUGGGAAGCUCCAUCACUGUGUGUGUCUAUUGUGAAGAGAUAUAUCCAACUUCUAUAAGGUCUACUGGUAUGGGAGUUGCAACUUCUGCGGGAAGAACGGGGGCCAUGCUUUCUCCUAUAUUUGCCGUGCAAUUGGUAAGAGGGUGCCAUCAAAUGACUGCAAUCAUAUCUUUCGAAGCUGUUCUAGUUUUAUCAGCAGUCAGUGUUAUGCUCUUCUCACUAGAGACCAAGGGUAGGGAACUAAUUGAUACUCUUGUUCUCUAAAGGUUGGACUUAACUCAUUUUAAUUGUAUUGAAGUUUUCCUCUCCAUAUUGAAGUUUUCUGUCCAUAUUGGAGAGGAAAAGAAAUGAAAAUAGGUUGGUAUCAUUUUCAAUUACUUGUGUAGAUUGGAUUUCAUGAAACUUCCUCCUGUCUUUAGCGGAAUAAACACCUUUUCGCUA